CUUUAUUAGCGAGAUUCACUAGUGGGAAUUCCAGUUUUACCACUAUCAUCAGCUGACGAUGAACUAAACUUGAAAAAUAUUUUAUUGUUCAUUCAGUAGUUGCUUCGAUCUUGUGAACGCAAGUUGUCUAACAAUGUUUUUGAAAUGUUCACCAAUUUUGAUAACGUGUGUGUUUAUUGUUUCUUGUUUUGCAUUCGACGUUCCUGAAGCUAAAUUUGAAGUUUUGAGACCUAGAGGAUUCAGAGUAUCUAUUCCAGAUGUGGAAGGUAUCAAAUUAUUCGCAUUUCAUGCCAAACUCAACGAAGAAAUGAAUGGACGUGAAGGUGGAACAUUCUCGAGAGAUAUAACGAAAGCCAAAAAUGGAAGAUGGACCUUCUAUGAUCCUUAUACAGUCUUGAAUAUGGGGGAUACUUUGUAUUAUUGGACUUACGUGGACUACUUCGAUGGUAGAAAUAAGUUGGGGUACACCAAUGACGAUAAAAGCUUUACAGUGACCGAGAAAGAUAUUAUCGAAGGUCCCAGUAUUCCAACUCGCAAACCUACUCAAUCAACUACUGGACAGCCUCCUAUCACCAGACAACCUCCCACCACUAGACCACCCCCAACAACAGAAAAAAUCAAAGAUUGCGAUAUAUCUAUAACAAGUUUCAAUAGUGGAAUUCGAAGCUGCAAGGGACAACUUAUAUUUUCUGAGGAUUUCAAUAAUAUGGAUUAUGCAAAAUGGAAUCCUGAGAUCAAAUUUGCUGGAGAACCAGAUUUUGAAUUUGUGGUUUACACAAGUAGACCAGAAGUGUUGAGAGUUGCUGAUGGCCAUUUAUCAAUCAAACCUGUUUUAUCCAGUUCAUUAUUUGGACACAACUUCGAGACUUCACCUGAACCAUAUAACUUGGGGCCAAGUUGCACUGGUAAACUUGGCACAACCGAGUGUUCCCAAGAAGCAGCUUCCUACAUUAUUAGACCACCAGUUGCUUCAGCAUUGAUAACUACAAAAGAUUCCUUCAGUUUUCAGUAUGGAAAAAUAGAGGUGAAAGCAAAAUUACCUAAAGGUGACUGGAUAUAUCCAGAGUUAUAUUUGAAUCCAAAGAGGGAAGAAUAUGGGGGAAAUUACCAAUCAGGCCAAAUUCGAAUAGCCUUUCUGCCCGGAAAUUCUGAAUUCUCUAAAGUAGUUUAUGGGGGAUGCAUUCUAGGGGAAUCUAACAGUGGUAGAAGUUACGGCAUGAAAACCUUCAGGAGAACCAGCAGUUGGUCUAAUGGAUUCCACAGAUUUGCAGUUGAGUGGUCAAAUGAAAAAAUAACCCUGAGUGUAAACGACAACAUUUAUGGCCACAUUUAUCCUCCACAAGGAGGCUUUGCAUCUUUGGAUUCUCAACUCAACUUGGAAGGCUGUGAAAGAUGGAGGAAUUCAAACUCAGAAAUAGCACCAUUUGACAAAGAGAUGUACAUUGCAGUAGGAGUUGGAGUUGGUGGAUAUAAUUUUCCUGACCAAGAUAUGAAACCUUGGUCUAAUGAUGAUCCAAAAAGACAAAAAAAAUUUUAUAGGAAGAAAUCGGAGUGGUACAGCACUUGGUCUAAUGAAAGCGCUCUGGAAGUUGAUUAUGUCAAAGUAUAUGCAAUCUAAAAAUUUUAUUACUUCAUGAUACAUCUAAAUUGUUACUACGAUGUUGAAGAAAUUUGCAUGAAAGACAAGCUUGGAAAAUUUGAUAUUAUCCUGCUAUAUAUACAAGAAUGAACCAAAUUUGUCAUAAAAGAGCUUUCACUCCAUCUUUGUCAACGAUGUCAAGUUAAAUCUUAUUGUGACAAAAUCCAAAUAAAUGCACUGUUUUUGA